AUGAAUAGCCUGAUCCAAAAUGCUUACAAUUCUCUAUUGCGAGGCAUUCAAUCCAUUGGUGUCACUGGAGAUUUUAUUCCCUGUGAACUUUUGCUCACUGGAGUCCAAGCCUUCCCUGUGCUUGUGGGUUCGAAUGGGCAGGUUCUGAUUGCUGCAUCCCAAUAUGGGAAAGGCCGGAUGGUGGUCACUGCCCAUGAAGCCAUGAUACAGCUUCCCCAGUUCUUGCCGUUCAUUAAAAAUGCUCUGGAUUGGCUCAGGCCUUCCCCAAUGGCACUCAUAGGUGUCCACAGAAGCCUGGAUGCCCUCUCCAAGUUGCUCCUCAGUAGUGGUAUUGAAGUUGAUCCAGAUGCAACACUUGGGGACUCCCUUGGAGUAUUCUGCAGAGAUGCCUACGAUAGUGCACAGGCUGAUGACCUUGUGCAGUUCAUAAAAAAGGGUGGGGGUCUGCUCAUUGGUGGCCAAGCCUGGCUCUGGUCACAUCAACAUGGGAAGGAGGCAGUCCUGGUUCGUUUUCCUGGAAAUCUGGUGACUGGUGCAGCUGGAGUGUAUUUCACUCCCAGGGAGGGAGAAAAAGGGAUCUUCUCUAUCCCUGAAAAAAUACGAAAUGAUCCUAGUAUCAUUCAGUAA